AUGUAUCCUGUCUCUAAGACAACGGCCCCUUACCCUCUCAACCAACCUUCCCCACUACAGUUUCCCCACACAACCAAACAGCCUCAACAUUCCCAACUUAUCCACAACAACACAACCAUGCAACCGACUCCACCACAACAGCUCGUCCUUCCGCUCCUUCUAAGACCUCCUUUCGCCUCUUCCAACGCGCUUCGUCCUACGCAAACGCCACGCCGCCGGUUGAACCAUAAACCACCUCGCAACAAGUUUUCUCCACCUUACGUACACGCAACCCAUCCCGCCCAAAUUCCAACCAUGGCAGACUAUGGCGACUCGCUUGUGGCGUAUCCUCUUGACGUGCCCGUCUUGGCCCUCUCUGCAACUAGAUCAGUAUCAUUACUACAUCCCAUGCUUCAUGUAGACUCUCCCGCGGUGUUCGCUUUGACCGAACUCACGUUGCUUGACCACCGCUUCUUGCAGGCCAAAUUGACUUCGAUUGCGAACAUUUUGAAUUUUACUGCCCGAUGA